AUGCCUACAGAAGUUCCCAGUUCCCUCGAUGAGUGGUGGUGUCCAAUGGAUUGCGAGCAUGCGUUCCUUGGUUUCAGUUACGAGGUGACUGGCUGUCAAAGUCUCAGCCAACUAAACGCAGACUUUGCUAAUAUGAGGAAAACCUUCAAUGCGAGAUAUGUACGGUUGUACGGUGCCUGUGAUCAGUCCGGCUUCUACGACAACGUCAUCGAAGCCGCCUGGCAGAAUACCCUAGGCGUGCAUGCCUUGAUUUGGUUCGGUUUCACCGGAGGAAACGCCUGGGAGACGCGGAGAGACACUCUCUUCGACACACUACAUACAAACGCCAAAGCCCCCUUCGUUACCAGGGGCGUCCAGUUUGGCUCGGAACCCUUGUACGACGACGUCUUGUCCCACCAAUCACUCACCGAACAAGUCGUACUCGCCAAAACUAACCUCUCGGACGUCCGCAUUCCAGUGACUGUGAGCGAACUGGCUUACGGGUACCAGGAGCGCGGAGCACUGGACGUGCUUGACCGGAUUGAUUUUAUCAAUGCACAUAUGCUUCCCUUUUUCUCUUCGAAUGCGACUACGGGCGGUGCGGCAUGGCCCCUCGUUCAGCAAGACAUGGAUUGGUUUAUCCAGAAUGGAAAUGCCAAAAAGAUUUACUUCGACGAGAACGGGUGGCCCUCGUCGACGUCUCCUGGCGUGCAGCCCAACACCCCUAAUGCCGUGGCGAGCGUUAGCAGCGAAGAGGGGUACUUCCAGAUGCUCGACAGCCAAUGUGAGGCACUGAAAAAAGGGCCCUGUGGUGGGAUUGGAUGGUUCGCACACAUCUACUCUGACAAGCAGGAAGUUGGGUAUGGGAUUUACAAUACAAAAGGACAGUCGAAGUUCCCUUUCCAGCCGCGUACGUCAUGUUGA